AGAGUUCCAACUGCCAGGCCCCGCCUCACAGCGCCCGCUAACGGCCAGGCCCCGCCCUCAAGGCGCUCAAGAGGCCAACCUCCGCCCUGCAGAGCGCUCCAACGGCCAGGUCGCUUCCCAUAGGGCAUCGUAACGACUAGGUCCCGCCUUCCGAGGUGCGCUUGGGACCAAGCCACGCCCCAAAGAGGCCAACGCUGGCCAGCCCCGCCCCUCGAGGCGCGCCAACUGUCCUCCCCCGCCCCCUCGUGCGCCGAGACGUGAGGACGCCGGCGUCGUAGGCUGAGGUGGCAGCUGUCCCGCAGUCAUGGAGCUGCCGCAGAUGCCGGAGCUGAUGGGGUUGUCCCUCCUGGUGGGUCUGCUGGCCUUGGUGGCCACGGCGGCUGUGGCGCGGGGCUGGCUGCGGGCCGAGGAGAAGCCCAGCCAGCCCGUCUGUUUCGGGUUGCAGGUGCACCCCAGGGACAAGAUUCUUUGGAACCUGGGAGCUGCGCUGCUACGUGGUCGGUGACUUUUCCUGGGACACCUCCCACCACCACCACCACCUAUGUCCCCGGAGCUGCUACGAAAGCUCAGUCAGACCCCAGGUCAGAAAGAAAACGAACCCAAGAAGUCAGGAUCCAAGAAGCAGAAGCAGAAUCAGCGGGUUCGUAAGGAGAAGCCUCAGCAGCACAGCUUCACGCACCCCCUUCUGGCUGCAGCACUGAAGAGCCACAGUGGGAAUAUAUCUUGCAUGGACUUCAGCAGCAACGGCAAGUAUCUGGCCACCUGUGCGGAUGACCGCACUGUCCGUAUCUGGAGCACUAAAGAUUUCCUUCAGCGGGAGCACCGCAGCAUGAGAGCCAACGUGGAGCUGGACCAUGCCACCUUGGUACGCUUCAGCCCUGACUGCAGAGCCUUCAUUGUUUGGCUGGCCAAUGGGGACACCCUCCGUGUUUUUAAGAUGACCAAGCGGGAAGAUGGGGGCUUUACUUUCACGGCCACACCAGAGGAUUUCCCUAAAAAACACAAAGCGCCCAUCAUCAACAUCGGCAUUGCUGACACAGGGAAGUUCAUCAUGACGGCCUCCAGUGACACAACUGUCCUCAUAUGGAAUCUGAAAGGUCAGGUGCUUUCCACGAUCAACACUAACCAGAUGAACAACAGUCACGCAGUUAUCUCCCCAUGUAGCAGGUUUGUGGGUUCGUGUGGCUUCACCCCAGAUGUGAAGGUCUGGGAGGUCUGUUUCGGGAAGAAAGGAGAGUUCCAGGAGGUGCUGCGAGCCUUUGAACUGAAGGGUCACUCUGCAUCUGUCCACUCUUUCGCUUUCUCCAAUGACUCUCGAAGGAUGGCCUCCGUCUCCAAGGAUGGGACAUGGAAGCUAUGGGACACAGAUGUGGAGUACAAGAAGCAGCAGGACCCCUACUUGCUACGGACAGGCCGCUUUGAAGAGGCGAGCACCAUGCCUUGCCGCCUGGCACUCUCCCCUGAUACCCAUGUCCUGGCCUUGGCCACUGGCACCAAUAUUCAUCUCUUCAACACACGCCGCGGGGAGAAGGAGGAGUACUUUGAGUGUGUCCAUGGGGAGUGUAUUGCUGACUUGACUUUUGACAUCACUGGCCGCUUCCUGGCCUCCUGUGGGGACCGUGCAGUGCGGCUCUUCCACAAUACCCCUGGCCACCGGGCUGUGGUGGAGGAGAUGCAGAGCCUCCUGAAGCGGGCAUCCAGCGAAAGUACCCGCCAGAGGCUGCAGCAACAGCUAACCCAGGCCCAAGAGGCCCUCAAGAGCCUGGGUGCCCUGAAGAAGUGACUCUGGCUCCAGAUGGGUCUGGCUGUCUGGCCCAGCAGCUCCUGCUCCCCAGGGGCCCCUGGGAUGGAGACCUGGAGGAAACUCCCAGUUUUCUUCCUGGUGCCCCCUACUUUUUCCUAUUGAAACUAUUCUUGCAUACUCAGAUAUCUCUCUCUCUGUUUCUCCCUUCUUGUUUGACUCUUCCCAGACUGAAAGAUACUGUUUUCUCACAGGCCCUAGGGGUAGAAUCUGUCUUCAUCUAGCACGGAGAAGGGGAGUAGACAGAAGACAGACAGAGCAAAACCUUUGAUGGUUUGGCAAAAGACCCUGACAUCCAAAGAAUUUUGUCAGUGUAGAGGGAAAACCCUAGGGUCACCAGGGACAAAUUGCUGUUUUAUAAGAGUUCAGAACGUGUUUUAUAAUGCUGCGUGGUGAGCCUCCAUCUGGACCAGGCUCCUGAUAGCAGCAAGAAGUAAUUAAGGACUGGUCUUUGUUGGCAUUGGUCUGUAAUAUCAGCACUAUACAGGCAAAGGUGAGAGGAUCAGGGGUUCAAGGCCAGCUUGGACUACAUAGUGAAUUCUAAGUCCUCCUGGGCUCCAUUCAUAUGGAGAGAAACCUUGGCGAGAUUGUUUUUCCCUGGGCUUCAGUUUUCUUAUUUGUAAAAUGGGGAACGAUGCUCUCUGUGGCCUUCCUGCAAAGAUGCUGUGAGGCUAGGAGUGUUAUAAUGCUCCCACACAUGGAGCAUAACAGGUCUGUCCAGUGUCAUUACCUACCAGGUAAACACAGGAUGCAGACGGUGUUCUGCAAGCAAACUAGGAAAAAACCACAGCCCUUGUGAAGCCAAGUUUCCUAGGGCUCUGCUUGCUCAUUCAUCUUGGAUAAACAUGGUGGUUUGGUUCCCGUGCCUUGAGAAGUAAUGCCAUCGCAAAAGGGUGUUCCUCUCUCAGGGACUUCUUGAACCCAUCACUUCAGGGCCUGCUUCAUGGGACCAGCUAGUGAUGCUGGCUAACACAGACAGACAAGACUAGGCCUGCUGCCAAGGGUAAAAGCUGGUGGGAGGACCUAGAGGCUGGUGUCUGUGAUGUGCUUUUUGUUCAUUUACAGCUGCAGGGGAGGUUGUGGACAGGAGGCUUGACCGUAGUCAAUCCAGGACAAUAAUGGGGAAAGAAUGGAAUCCACCCACUAAGAGACUGGGUCUCAGCCAUGUACAUUUGAAGACUGCUUGGACUGGUCUUUGUUGGUGAGGAAGAUGGCAGGCAUCUAGGAAGGCUUGAAUCUAGCAAAAGGUUCCCAUCCCAGUUAGUUUUUAUCUCUCUUAAAAGUAGGGCCUCUUCCUGCCACCCUCAAUGCUACAGGAUGUUUAUAACAAGGCACAACCCUGAAGUUGACCUUGAUGGCUCCCUUGUCACCCUCUCCUUCUACCACUGCUGCUACAUGCAGAUGGCCUGCAGCAUCUGCAGCUCUCCCACUCUUCUGUUACCAUCCCGGUCUUAGCCACUGUCCCGUAGUAUAUGGAUAGUACCUCUGUUUCCAACCACAUUACUUCAAGUCAGUUUUCUACAUAGUUUAGCCUGCUUUGGGAAAACAAAAAUGGUAUUUUGGAUCAUGCCAUUUCCAAAAGGCUUCCUUCUCUCUACACUUGGAAUUAAACCACAAACUCUCUUUGUGGCCUGCGUAGUGUUGUGAAAUUUAGCCACUCCUGUGAUCUUUCUUUGCAAUGGUCCAAUCCCAUUCUUCCUAUUCUUUGCUAACCCAGGCAUUUGGCAGGCUCUGGGUGUGGGCUGGUCCCUCUUGUGCUGCAAGCAUUUUUCCUUUCUGUUGGCAGACUUGUCAGUGCGAUUCAGUCCUUGUAAGUUUCACUGGAAAACAGUUGCCACCUCACCAACUCCCUCCGAAGUAGCCAUUUCCACCAAUCCUGUCCCUCCUGGUGCCCUGCCGCUUUUCCUUUUGUAUGAAUUGGUGCUUUCUGAAGCCAUCUUGUCUGGCUAUGUGUUUACUGCAGUGUCAGAGAAGGGCAGUGAGUGGGGGUUAAGAGUGGGAAUUAGGCCCGUCACCUGGUUGUGCUAUGGAAGGAAACGGUAGAGACUGCACUGGGCUGGUGGCCGUGUGUCCUGGGUGCACAGUGGGAGGGAGCCGCUACUGACUGAUAAGCCGCAGAAGUUGCCAGUUGCAGAGAAGUUAGAUGCUGGCACUGUACUUUGCAAGGAGGCAUCCUUGUGGACUGCACCAAACCCUGACGGGGGAGGGCGCAGCUCAUCAGUCUCAUUGGUGCUGAAGGAUUCUUCCUUACUUUUCCUUUUGCAGUCCUGGGAAUGGAAGCCAGGGUCAGGUAGACAAAUAGCUCUGCUGGUGAGCCAUGCCUCAACCCCUCACUGGGAGAUGCUAGACGAAGACUCUCCUCAGCCACAGCCCUAGCCCUCACUGGACAAAUGCUUUGCCUCCAAGCCUCUUUGCAGCAGUUUGUGAAAUUGCUGAAGAAUGCGUUGGAACAGAACCCUUGUUGGUCUGCUUUGCUCUGGGUCCCGAGUCAACUAGCCAGGACAAAGUAAGCUCUCAAUAAAUGGGACUCUGACUAGAAGUAAUGACCAAGCUUUUGAUAUACUUUGUUUUCUGCACUCCGCUCUCUAUUGUGGAUUCAGGUUUCUGAUAAGAUCAGCCAUAUUGAAGACCAUGUGGCCACACACGGAUUUGGGCUUCUGACUACACAGCUGUGCCUCAGGCUUGUGUGUGCGUGUGGGGGUCUGGUGGGCAUCUGCUCUGGUUGUCGGAAAGCAUCUGAAAAUGCGUUCUCUUGCUUCUGCACUCGUGUCUUGAGAAGUAACUGGUGCCGUGGCUGCACAGGGAAGGCAGUGAACCCUAGCAAGAAUGCUGAGCUGCUGAAGUCAGAAGUCUGUUCCCAAACUGGCCAAUUCACUGGCCUGUGGCCUGGAGUCCUGUAAUCACAGAGGCUGCCAGAGUUCGUCUCCCCACUUGUGGAAUGGGAAUAAAUGUUGUUCUGUUACCGCGCAUGGUGAUUCUUUGCUUGUGUACAUGCUUAUGGGUUACACUGGGGGUUAGAUAUGUGCUCUUGCCCCAAACCCAUUUUUUUUUGUGUGUGUAUUUGAGAAAAAGACUCACUUUGUUGUCUUGGCUGGCCUGGAAUUUAUAGAAAUCCACCUGUCUUGGCUUCCUGAGUGCUUGGUUUUAAGGCAUGUGCCACCAUACACAGGUCCUUUCGCCUGUGUUUUGAGCUAAUGUUUCACUAAGUUGCUUUUGAUCUUGAGAUUCUCUAGCGUGUCAGGCCUACAUCUGCAUGCCUGGGAGCUGUGAGUUCUGAAUGAGUUGGGAGCACUACAAAAGGUCAUUGCACAGACUGCCCAGGGGUAGGCUAGAGCUGUUCGUGUUGCCCUAGGAAAGGUGUCUGGCUAGUACUACAGGCUGCCAAGCUUUUCUGAUCCUCGAGAGUAGAGGCGGCAUUGAUCUGCUGAUUCUACACAAGGUGUGGUAGUGCAUGCAUGCAGCCCAAGGGCUUGGCAGGUUGAAGAACCACGAGUCAGCACUGCAUAGACUGUCUAAAACACAGUUCAUGAAUGUAUUCAUUUUAGUUUUUUGAGAAAGGGUUUCUCUGUGUAGCACUGGUUGUCCUGGAACUUACUCUGUACACCAGGCUCGCCUCAAACUUUACAGAGAUCCACCUGCCUCUGCCUCUGCCUCCCAAGGGCUGCGAUUAAAGGCAUGUGCCACCACCAUUCAGAUCUAAAACACAAAAUUUAAUACUAAUUUUGAAGCUUCUUAAUUUUUAAAAUAAAGGUAUGGGUGAGCUAAAGGUGGUGCAAAGGUCAACCAACUCCAAUUUCAGGAGGAAAACCGCAAAGUCCACUUGAGCAAACAUCUGAUGGCAAUAGCCCCCCAUCCUCCACCCCUCUUAACAACAGCCAGUUAGUCUACAGCAGCAUGGUCAAGGUACAUAUAAACUAAGACAUCUGGCAGAAAAAAGAUAACCCAGCCAUCCUAUUUGUCAGGUGGUUUUGCCCCUGUGUUUGGUUCCUGCAAAUUACAGCAGAAAUGCAGUUUUAAAAAUAUUAAUUUGCUGACCUGUAUGGAAUUCCCCAAGCUUGCUGUAACCACCAUAAAUACCCUGCACCCCUAGACUCGAGGCUCUCACUUCUGACCACUGCACCGGUGAUGGAGUGCUCUUGAGCUCCUAAUAAAAGCCCAUAUGUGUUUACAUCA